AUGUCCGACCCUACCCGACCAGAGACCGAGGCCGCGGCGAGCCCCUCGCCCGCCAGCGCGGAGGACUCCGCGCCUGCCAAAGAGACGCCUGCCACGAAGCCGCGCAGAAAACUGCCGGGAUGGCUAGACCAUUUCAAUGCGCGCGAUCUGAAAGUGCUAUUCCGUUGCUCCGUGGCGGCCUGGGUCGCGUCGCUGCUGAUCUUUAUCGAGCCGUCGCUGAGAAGUAUCGGUACCGCGGCUUUCUUCGCGACAUUGGUUCUUUUUAUGGUUCCACCGACAGGAAUCGUCUUUAUUUUCAUUCUUGCCGCCCUGACCCUCAUCGUCGGUAUGGCCUGGGGUUGGGUCUGGGGCAUCAUCUCGAUGAAGGCGGCGCUGGCAGCGCGACCGGCAGCUGAGACGCAGGCCCAGCUGCAGAUACUGGGCCAGACGGCCUACUCCCAGGCCAAUGCAACGGGACAGCCUCUGGCAUCGGUGGAGCAGGUGUUGGUCUAUGAAGGGUGGAUGUUGGAUGCCCGCGUGACUGCCGUCUAUUUCUGCAUGAUUUGCUUCAUGAUUUACCUGCUGGCGCGUCUCCGUGCGAAAAACCCCAAGUUCGCACUGUUCCAGAUCUUCGGAACUAUCAGCUUGGAUAUCUUCUUGACAAUCGGUCCGCUCCUCCCUUCCUUUAGUGGAACCAUCCCCAAGGUCUUGAUUGAGCCUGCUGCCAUCGGAAUUGGACUGGGUCUGGCAUCUUCAAUUCUAUUCUUCCCCAAGUCAACUUCUUCCACUGUCCUCGAUGGUAUGGAGGCAGUUGUGCGACUGCUGAAAGGCCCGACUGAUGUGACUUACUCUAGUCUGAUCGAGGGCGAUACCCUGGAGCUGAAAGACCUUAUAAUGCUGAAGAUGAAAACAAUCACCGCUUACAAGAAGAUCGAACCCGCUCUCGGCUUCUUACAGCUGGACUUUUCCGUCGGCCGAUGGAACGCUGACGACGUGAAAAGUUUGAAGCACCCGCUGCGACAGGCGUUGCUAAGCAGCCUGUCUCUCCUGGAAUUCCACAUCGCCCGACUGGGCGGCCAGGCCAAGAUCGAAAAACUGCAUGCGCUGACGACAGACCGCGCCUCUUCAUCCGGCUCCGAUAAGAGCAAGAAGAGCGAGAAGAAGCGACCUCGCGAGGUCGGGAUGCGUCAAUUGAUGGAAAGCGUGAACCUAGUCCAGACCCUCCGCAGCCCCGAGCACGAGUCCCUGCGGAGAGAAAUGCUCGAGGCCAUUCAACCACCAAGCAAGAAGAUCCUGCCUGCCUGUCAGGAGGCGAGUACCAUCAUCGCGGAGAGUGUUCAUGCAGUGAAUUCGGCCCGGUGGUUCGGCCGUUCUUCCCAGACACGAAUGGAUGAGCUUCUUCAGCGCAGCGAGUCGACUCUUGAGACGCUUCAAGGUCUGCGCUCGACGUUCGCCGCCGAGACCACCGAGCGACUCAUCGAGACCUACUCGGAUAUUUUCGAUGAAAACGGCGUCAUCAAAUCCAACGACGAUGCGACGAUGCGCAGGUCCCAGGGUAUCGUUCUGGGAAUGGUCUUUGAGGAACAGGUUCUGGGCAUGGCUGAUGGCUGGGAGCGAGUGCUGGCCCAGCUUGUGGCGCUGAUGAAAGAACGCCAAAGAGUGCGGCUCUGGCUGCCCCGUGGUCUGCGAUAUGCAUACAACUGGGUUUUCCGCCGGAGUGCCGUGGCACCUGUCCUUGCUGCACAAUCACCGGUUGCUGAUCCUGAUGUUGUGGAGGCCCAACUCAACGCAGCUCAGCAAAGUCUUCGAAUUAGCAGAGGGUACAAGGUGAAACAGCGAAGCGGUCUGGGUAAAGCAAUUCUUGGCUCGUACCACUGGUUUAUCAGUGCUGAGGGCAUGUAUGCACUGCGUCUUGUGAUUGUUACGAUCGCCUUGGCUAUCCCUGCUGCCAUUCCCUCCAGUGCCGGUUUUUACUAUCGUGAGAAAGGUCUGUGGGCGCUCAUCAUGGGCCAGACCACGGUUGUCAUUUACAUGUCGGAUUUCUCACUUUCGAUCGUCUCGCGUGCUAUUGGAACUGUCGUUGGUGGUGUCGCCGGUUUAGUGGCGUGGUACAUUGGUUCUGGCAAUGGCAACGGCAAUCCUUAUGGCCUUGCCGCGACCAUGGCAGUUGUUAUCACUUUAUUGAUGUGGGCACGUCUGUUUGCGCCACUGGCCUUGUUGCAGGCGACGAUGAUGGGCGGUGCGACCUGCAUUCUGGUCAUUGGAUACAGUUACGAAGAUACACACUUCCCCGCUUACGGAAAUCCUGGCUGGGGGUAUAAUGUAUUCUGGCGACGACUUGUCCUCGUGCUGGUUGGCUCCGCUGCCGCUCUGAUCGUCCAGGUAUUCCCUCGGCCGCCCUCCGCAGCACGACACAUCUGCAAGUCUCUUUCCAACGCCAUCAGAUCGCUAUCCGACCACUAUGCUCUGUUGCUAUCCUGCUGGGGCCAACCCGAUCGCGACGAAGGUCUCGUCGCCGAACAACUGGCGCUCGACCUCGCUGAGACUUUGGCUUCUUUAGAUGGACCGGUCGCACUGCUCCGUCUGGAAUUCUCAAGCUCCCCCUUUGACAGCGACCGCCUCGCUCAGGUCAAGUCACUGUGCCAGGAACUGAACCAGCACCUUGGCCGACUGCUUUCCCUCUCAGCUUCAUUGCCAGAGCAUUUCCAACAGCGACUCGCUCGGCACGCCGGUUUGCUUGAUAACCGCAACAUUGGCGAUAUCAUGGCUGUUCUGGCGGUCGUGGAACAGGCAUUGAAGACCGGCGAUCCCUUGCCGGAGGUACUUCCCACUCCAUUGUUGAAGCGUUGCUUCGAAUUCUGGAAGGCUCACCAGGUUGAGAUUGAGUUGAGCAAGGACUUGAUGCGGGACGAGAACUAUCGCAAGUUCUGCGUCGCUGUCAGCUCUUAUCUCAAGUUCUUGGGUGCGGUGGAUGAUUUGGUGCUGGUGAUGAAAGGUACACUGGGCGAGUCGCAUGUUGUGAACCGGGAGUUGAUGAAUGAUCUCAAGGUUGCUGUAUAA